UUGAAUGGUGUAGGUCGUCUUCCUCAAUGGUGCACAGCACAUGUACCUACUACCACUAGUAUAGUUGGCUGUGGAGCACCUGUGCCUUUGCUGGGUCCAUCUCUUUCUAUUGGUUAUAUCAUUUAAUCACAUUUGUAUGAUUCUGUUAUUAGGCAUUCUCAUUAUCUCUACUUUCUCUUCUCCUUCCCUUUUUCUAAGUGUCACAUAUGUAAGGUUACUUCUGUCACUACAGGUUCAGACACACACUGAAAAUCAUCAGCACCUAUUUUUUCUCACCUUUUCAUUUUCUGAUUUCUCGAUUUUUCUUGUGUGUAAGCGUAAGCUUGCUUGAUUACUUCGUGUUUUGUAUGUAGGUUUUGUUGAACGUGGUCCAACUAUCAAGACCACUGUUUGCUGGUUUUUUCACAGUUCUUAACAAGUUAUGACCGAUAUGAAAUGAUAGUUUUUACUGAGAAUGCCUAUUAACACCCCCAUUUUUACAGUCUUAAUUUUACAAAGCAUUCUAAAAAGUACCAUACUUUUACAAAAAGAAGUUCAAAUUUACAUAAAGGAUAGUGAAUAGUAGUACCUUUUGCUUUUAGUAUGUCACCUGCACGUUUGACCACAAUAAUUGCUUGCCACCAUCCCCACAAAAAUAAUUUGACCACCCCCAUCAUCACGAUAAUUGCUUGCAAUCAUAUUUUAGCUGUCAUUUCUCGACUUUGGCCACAUCCAUCAGCUCUAUAUCGACUUCUCCUUUCUACUUCUGCAUUUGCAAUUGCUUGGUACUUCAAUUUUCUCAUUUUUAUUUGAUUUACAGAUAAUGGCCUUCUUCUUAGAUGAGUUUCAACAUCUUAAAAUCCAACUACAAGAUAUAAAAUCAGCCACCCACAACUUUAGCAACGACAACUUGAUCGGAAAGGGUGGCUUCGGGAACGUCUACAAAGGAGAAAUCUCUCACUCAAAGGGGCGAAGCAUGGUUGCUUUUAAGCGUCUAGAUCUAGAUAGUGGGCAAGGAAAUGCCGAGUUCUGGAGGGAGAUUAUGAUGCUUUCCCGUUACUCCCAUGAAAAUCUCGUCUCUCUCCUGGGAUAUUGCAACGAGGGUGAUGAGAAAAUCCUUGUGUAUGAGUAUGCAUCUCGUGGAAGCCUUGAUCGCCAUUUAAGUGCCGAUGCUCUCACAUGGGUGCAGCGCCUCAAGAUAUGCCUUGGGGUUGCAAGGGGACUCGACUACCUUCAUGAUCCCGUGGGGACACAACAAAGAGUGAUUCACCGUGAUAUCAAAAGCGCCAACAUCUUAUUAGAUGAGAACUGGAAUGCUAAAAUUUCUGACUUAGGGUUGUCGAAAAUAGGUCUUGCUAAUCAGAAAAAUACAUUUCUUGUCUCUAAUGUUGUAGGUACCUUUGGGUACAUAGAUCCCCUGUAUCUGGAGAUGGGCGUGUUAACAAAAGAGUCAGAUGUAUACUCUCUUGGGGUUGUCUUAUUUGAGGUAUUGUGCGGUAGAUUAUCCAUUAAAUAUAGCAAUGAUCAAUAUCACAGUCUAGUGCGUAUGUGGAGGAAAAGCUACAAAGAAAAGAAAUUAGAUGAGAUCAUAUCUCGAGAUCUGUUGCAGCGAAUGGAUUUGAAUUCUUUAAAAACAUUUUCAAACAUUGCAUAUCAGUGCUUGCAGAAAACUCGUGGAGACCGGCCACUAAUGGCUGAUGUCGUGGGAAAACUUGAGAUUGCACUUGAAUCUCAGGAGAUUUAUGAAAGGGAGAAAUUCGCAGAGGAGUAUCAAGCGAUAAUUAAGAGUGCAAUACCUCCUCUUAUCUUUAGAUCAAAAGCGGAACUGCAAGCGCUUCUCUCCAAAGGGUUUAUCGUUAAUGGUGGCAAAACGGUAAAUGGACAUUUAACCAUUUAGGUUGUGGGGGCAUUGGUAAAGGCUUAGGGGAUGUAAUGGAAAAUCCCAUCUAUCCAGGUUCAAAU